UUUGUAUUGUGUUUCAGGGCACGAGUAAAGUCUGGCGUGAAGAUUCUAGAUGCUUCGUCUAGCAGUCCAGAUUGGAUUGUCAAUAGCGACGUCAACGCGAAGAAUACCGCCGCCACGUUUACAGCGCGACGUAAGGAGACCUCGUCGCGUGUACUCAGCACAUCUGCGGAAGAAAUAAUGACAAUGUUGCUGGAGGCUAGCGAGGAGGGCAUAGGAGGAAGCUGGGACGGCGGUAGGAUCGUGUGGAGCGUGCGUUACGCGCUCGAGGGUGAGGAGGAGAAUGGAUCGCAGUUGACGGGCGUCGAUCAGUUGCAACAGCGAAUGCAGCAACGCCAGCUGCAGCACCAUCAUCAUCAUCAUGUCGAGAAACGGAAACUGCAGGCGCGGCUAGAGAUACAGAAGGAUGAUAUACAGGCGGUGCUUCCGAUCUCUAAGAACUGGGAGGUAAUGAAUACAGCAGUGUUGACGGGGCGUCAGGUGUCGCAAGGGAUGAAGGUUUUCAUCGUGAGUCAAGCCGGUACGGUGGCCGAUGUUACGCUGCAGUCGUCCUGUCAUUCCGAGGACGAGAGUGUCCUCAAGGUAUCAUCCUCGUGCAGUAGCGUGUACGUGGACGGUUCGGAGAUCCGGGGUUCUAGCAAUGCGUCGGUCCUCGUCAAGUACGGGACAUAUACUGGGCUAGCGAGGUUCACCGUAUGGAUGCCCGAACUUCCUCUGGAGGUAAGCGUUGCUGACACGCGGCUAAACCAGAUAAAAGGUUGGAAAGUGCCAGAGGAGCACGCGGCCAGUACGAAGAGCAAGCGGAGCCUAUUGAACGCGACGCGGAUCGAAAAGUUCCCGAUUUCCUCGACGUCGACGACACCGCUGGAGAGGCCGCCGAUGACCGCGCGAGCGAGGAAGAGGAGCGCUGUCGAUCUGGAGGAGUCGAUAGAGGAUACGUCCUUAGACAUGGACGAUCCGGACGGACUCCUCGAGGAGGACGAACACGACGAACGGUUCCGAGCCAAUGGAAAUGAUCAUGGAUGGGAUACGAUUAACUCCAUCGAUCGAAAUCUGUCUCCGGCCAAUUGCAGGCUGCGUUUCCAGCAGAGUCCGGUCGAGGUGCACGCCCGAUUCCUGGCGACCGAUCAUGACUCGGGUAGAGUCUCGUACUUUGUCAAUCGACGUACCUGGUUGCGCGUCACCGAUCUCGUAGCCGGCAUGCUGCGUGUCUCCGAUCCUAGAAUAGCGACGCUUCUUCAGGGCAGACUUGUUCAGGGACGCGGAGUGGGUCGCACGGAAGUGCAAGUAUUGUCGCCGAUCACCGGUAGAGUUAUCGGCGCGAAGGAAAUCAGGGUCGGUAAUGACCGCGUGUCUGUGACACGUCUGUCUGUUCGGGUGGUAUCCGGACUUCAACUCAGUAUCAGUCCUGAUACCGCGAUCGAAAAUGGAUACGUCGCCGAAACUUCGGUUACAAGAAGACUGACUGCUCAAUAUCAGGAAGGAUUGCUAGACAUUGACGUAGAAUUCUCGGACAGUACCCGUACACCCCUCAGGGAAAUCGCCGUGAGCGAUUACCAUUUGCUAGUGGAGAGCCUGGAUCCGGAAGUUGUGGCGUUCGCACCAAUGGUCGCUUCUCAUCAUCCGCGGGUAAUCGCGGUCGGUGAGGGCCGUGGUGACUUACUGCGUGUCAGUUUACAGCUUGCCGAUUCCUGCCGAUUAUCCGGCAGACGUUCGAGCAAGGGUUCUCAGAGAGCGACAGUCACCGCAUUGGCAAGCGCGUCGGCCAACAUCGAGGUGGAUUUCGCCUCGAGUGAGGUUCCUAAUCGGCCGGAAUUCGUACAGAAUGACGGUGGUGGCACUGUCGGUUCUCACCAUCACAGAGAACGUAAAAUCGGCCGAGGCGAAAUAGCGUCCGAUCUACACGACAUCCUCAUCGUCUUUGUCGUCUCCUGCGUGGUGUACGCCAGCAAGUUCAAGCCUCAACCGCCGGACUCCCCGCUCACCGGUACGGCCGUCCCGGUGCUCUCUGGCGCGGGUGCGAGGGCUCGCGCCGCCGCGAAUCAGCUGGCGUCCGGCAGACGACCACCACGCGAAUCGACCACCAACGCACACGACUGGGUAUGGUUGGGCAGAGCGACUCUCGAACGAGCUGCCUGCGGUCCGCAACAGGUGCGUGUAACGAGUAAUCCGCUGGCCGGUGAAGGCGAAUCCGAGGCCGAAUUGGGCACGUGUUUCGAUAAUCCGAACCACAUUGAGCUACCAUCUGCCAAUCAACGGCCUAGCGGUACCAGUGCCAUUGACACUACUACUUAUUCCAAGAGAGAUAGAAUAGCGCGGAACAGUUUCGCGGCGAAAUCCGCGGUCAAACCAUCCGCGGUGAUACCACCCACUACGACUACGGCGGCGACGACAGCAACGUCGAUGGUAGCUCCGAUAAUGACCACCGCGCGGAACGAUAACGAUGAUAUUCCUCCACCUUUACCGCCGCAUGGAGUGCCAGUUACAAACUCGAUAUCGACGACAACGGCGACUACCGCGACGGUCGGCAUGAACAAUACGAGCAACGGCAAUAACGAAGAUUACAAACCACCGGUACCACCACACAGGAACACGGGGAUAAACGUGCGGCUACCAGAACCGCCGCGAAAACACCGUCACAGAGCGUCCAGCGGCGGCAGCGGCAGCCAUCACGGGAAUAAUCAUCGGCACAGCAGCAAAACACAGCAAUCGAAUCAUCAUGUAGUCAAAUCACAUGGGAAAACCAGAGUGGACAACGUUAACAAACAGAACGGUGAAGAUGAAGAAUUUGUGGAACUAGCGAAUCACGACGACAAUAGACAUCUCGCGAAAGACGCUGGAAGAUCCCGAGAGAUCAAGAGGGCGACCAUAGUUGGUAAUCCGAUGUACUCGUCGUUUUCCACCUCUGCCGUUGUAUCCACUGUCGUCUCUACCAUAAAUUCGUCUACUCCUACUGGUGGCGCGGCCUCGUCCACUACCACAUCUCCGCCGUCCUCGUCGCCGUCCGCUUCUUCCUCCUCGUCCUCUUCUAGCUCCUCUUGUGCCUCAUCCUCUUCCCAAGAGCAGGAGGAAGCGGUGGCGCUCGAUGACCUUAAUCUGGGCAUGGAUUACAACCAGAUCAUGCAGUAUUUCGACAAUCUGAAGGAGUCGAAUGCCUAGGUGAGGCCAUUCGACCUCUUCGAAGGUCGAGUAGUAGUCAACGCUGAUACGGAACACCGGGAUCCUCGUUAGUAGGUACAGAGAGUGCGGGGCGAGUUACGCCUUUGUUUUCUUUCCCCUCUUGAAGAUAACGAUUUUCCGGAUAUUUCGUAUCUUAGACUGUAAUCUAGUCAGCUUCCUAGCAGCACAUCAAGAUAAACGCGCAAACACGUACAUAAGCAAAA